GUAAGACGGGAAUAGCUUUCCUCCUUGUAGUCCGCCAUAUUGGAGUCUAGCUCGGCUCCGCUGUUGAUUGCUGAGUUAGGCUUGUCCAGCGGCCCUGGUAAAGCGGUGAGCUCGGAGUGGACAGUGCCUGAGGCUCGGUGAAGCUCGCUGUGGUAUAGGCCCUUCCUUUCCCGGUAGAGAGCGCAGACAUGAGCCCGGCCGACGCCAAGAGAGGAGCCAAGCGGAGGAAGAACAAGCGGGGCGGAGGCGGCAGUAGCGGGGAGGUGAAGGCGGCGGCGCUGCGUGGACAGCACGGGGCGGUGAGCGGAGCGAGCAACGGGGGAGGCCUCAUCCCCGGCCCGGCCACACACUGCACGGCCGCCCCGCCCGGAGCCGAGAUUUCAUUAAAUGGUACCUCUUUCACCGAUGGACCCCUCAGUUCGGACUUCACAGGUGUACCGCAGGCUCCCUUUACGUUUGGCCUGGGUCAGAGGGCUCCAUACACAACUGGAGAACACUGCCUGCUCUGUAGAAGCGAACGUAAGGACCUUGCACUUUCUGAGUGCAGCACAAAAAACUCAAGCAGACUAGCACUUUCUACAUCUCCUAAAGCCAAUGCCAAGAUGCACCUUCCAUUGUGGGUGUGCUCAGACUGCCGAAGGACAGUAGAGAGCGAGGAUAUCCACCCCACACAAGACCAGUCUUUAGUGAGUCAAGAUUUCCUUUUGCACAUGUCCUCGGGAAACAGCGGUUCAAAACAGGAUUCUGUUGGCGGAGGGAGGAUGCUUAUGGGAGCUCAGACAGUUGCACCCACUGUGGCACUCAAUACGGCACCUGCUGAUAUAGCAUGCAGUUGUGAAGCAUGUAAUGAGCGCAGGGAGAUUUCAGCAGAGUCUGAACGGGAAACCCAGCAGCUUCAAAAUUAUUGGUCAGAUGUACGGUACAUGAUUCGCUGCAUAUAUCGCCAGGCUGGGACGCCGCUGGCAGAUGACCAGGACCAGUCACUAGUGCCAGAAAAAGAUGGAAUGAAGGAAUUGGUAGAUAGGUUGUGUGAGCGAGAUCCUUAUCAGCUGUAUCAACGAUUGGAGCAGCAAGCCCGCGAAUAUGUCCUGGAAAUGAAAGUUCGUCUGCUCAAACACUUGUCUCUAGGCUUUAAAGUGACUCCCAGCAUCCAGGGGCCUCCCCAAGCACAUCAGUUUAUCUCCCUUCUUCUAGAAGAGUACAGUGCCCUUUGUCAGGCAGCAUGUACCAUUGGCACCUUUCUCGUCACUUUGGAAAACGAGCAUUUGAAGAAAUUUCAAGUGACGUGGGAACUACACAACAAGCAUCUGUUUGAAAAUUUAGUAUUUUCUGAACCGUUACUCCAAAAUAGUUUACCGACACUCGUUUCACAGUUAAGGCUUGGAACAGCGUCACAUGACUCGUACAGUGAAGAUAUGUAUAGUACCUUACUACAAAGGUACCUUCAGCUGGAACAAGAAAUGGGUCAGAUUGCUGAAGAGUGGCUGGAGUGUCAGAAAAGAAUUGAUAAUUAUGUAGAUGAACAGUUAAACAACAAGAAAGCAUUGACUGGCGAGAACAACUUUGCUGAUAAAAUGAGGCAUAUGUUAUCGACCAGAAUGUGCAUGUCUGACUGUCCAAACUGUAAUUACAGGAGAAGGUGUACUUGUGAUGACUGCAGCCUCUCGCACAUCUUAACAUGUGGCAUUAUGGAUACGCCUGUAGCAGAAGAUGUCCAUAUAAACCCCUUACCACCACUACAAGUAGACCCCACUCCAGAUUACCUGUCGGAAAUCCAUCCUCCCAGCAUAUCGUCUGCUAGUUCAGGGUCCGGGCCCAGCUCUCCCAUCACUAUCCAGCAGCACCCCAGGCUGAUUCUUGCAGACAAUGGCUCUGCACCCACAUUUGGUAGUGAUGAUGAAGAUGGUACCCCUUUAUCAGCAAAAUUUGCUCAUAUUUACCCCUUGAACAACUAUGACGAUGCAGAAGUAGUCGCCAACAUGAAUGGAAUUCACAAUGAACUCAAUGGCGGUGGGGAGAACAUGGCGCUGAAAGACGAGGUGGAGUACUUCCCUUGGCAGCAUAUACCGAAGUUCUUGCAUUGGUCUCAAUGGAACUUCACCGAGUGUUUUCUUUUGCAGUCCCCUUCAGUUAGCAGUACAAGCAGCAGCUCCUCAGAAGCUGAUGAUGAGGAGGCAGACGGAGAGAGUGGCGGUGAGCAGCCUGAUGUUCCCAAAGAAGAAAUUCACGUUGGGAAGAGGUCACCUAGGAAGGAUGGUGUAAAAAUGGACAGUCCCCCUCCGUCUUACCUCAGUCCACAGGUAGAACCAAUACCAAAUUCCUGCGAGUGCCAUGUAUGCAAGCAGGAAGCCUCGGGCCUGUCUCCAUCUGCACUGGUGGCAGGACGUCUCCCAACUGGACAUCAGUUCAUUAAUCCCGAUAAACCAGCACAUCCAGCACUUAACCUUUAUCCCCACAUCCAUGGACAUUUACCAUUGCAUACUAUCCCCCACCUGCCCCGACCCCUUAUUCACCCAACGUUGUAUGCAGCUUCUCCGUUUGCACACAGUAAGGCCUUGCCUCCUACACAGAACCACACUAACAAGCAUCAGGUAUUCAACGCAUCUUUACAAGAUCACAUGUAUCCGAGCUGUUUUGGCAAUUCUCCUGAAUGGAGCCGGUCUAAAUUUAUAAGUCUUUGGGGGUCAGAAAUGAUGAAUGACAAAAACUGGACAACUUCUUUUCUACCUGACCCUCUUGCUGGGGGUGAUAUUUUAGGACCUGCACUCCCUGAAAUAAGGCCUGAAGCACUUCCUACGUCAUCUAGUAGUGAUACAACUCCGGUUCCAGAUAUAAAGGAGAAAAAAAACACUGCCAAGAAGAAAUGUCUUUAUAAUUUUCAGGAUGCCUUUAUAGAAGCAAAUAAAGUUGUCAUGGCAACUUCAUCUGCAACUUCCUCCGUUUCUUGCACAGCCACCACAGUCCAGUCCAGUAGCAAUCAGUUCAAAGUAUCAUCCAAAAGGCCUUCUUCAAUAGGUGAGAAUGAAAUGUGUGAUGUAUUUCACAAUAUUAAGGAGGACCAUAGGCAUCCUUCUGCACCGGUUGCACCAAGAAAUAGUCCGACAAGUUUAGCUGCACUUCCUUCCCUUUCUCCUGCUACACAUCCGUCUGCCUCCUCUCCGCACCUUCCCAGUAUAAAUCCCCAACCCUUCCCUAAGACAGCUGCCACUGCACCUGGGUUUGUCGACCCUCAUCUAGGUUUCUGUCCUUCUACUGCUGCUCCUCCGACCUCAACUACAGAUGGCACACUCAGUGCCCCGCCCAGUGUUUGCAGUGACCCAGACUGUGAGGGUCAUCGGUGUGAAAACAGUGGUGCAUAUGACCACCAGCAGUAUGACGGUGAGGAGAGCCAGGAUGAGGACAGCUGUUCAGAACACAGCUCCAGCACAUCCACCUCCACCAAUCAGAAAGAGGGCAAAUACUGUGACUGCUGCUACUGCGAGUUCUUUGGUCAUGGAGGGCCACCAUCAGCACCAACUAGUAGGAACUACACAGAAAUGAGGGAGAAGCUUCGGCUCAGGCUGACCAAGAGGAAAGAGGAGCAGCCCAAAAAGCCCGACCAGAUCUCAGAAAAGGAAACGGAUGUUGUUGAUGAUCGGAAAGUAGAUGACCUAGUACAGUUCAUUAAUAGCUCCGAGGCCAAGCCAGUGAGCAGCUCACGGGCGGCUAAACGUGCACGGCAUAAGCAGAGGAAGGAGUAUGGGGCGAGCCCAGCAAUGAAUAUUAUUGUUAGCCAUGUGCUUGGCUCAGAGGGGACCAUGCAGGGAUCCUGCACCAGCAUGGCUGAGGAACAGACUGACAAAGCGGAAGCUGAGCCGGACCGAGAACAACCGGAAAAGCAGCAGCUGGAAGAAAAGGCUCGUCAGGAAGCUGAAGCCAGAGAACAGGAAGUGGUACAGCUUCUUGAAGAGCAAAGGCAACGCGAGGACGAGGAAAGGUUUAAACAGGAAUUUCGCCGACAUCAAGAGUUUCAGGCCCUGAGGAAAAAGAAAAAAGAUCGAUCCAAUAGGGAAACUCAUAAAUCAGAUCAGCUGAUGACCAUCUCUGUCCCCACUAAAGAACCUAAUUCCGAAGCACUCCCCAAUGGCACCUUGGAGCAGGAUACAGUGUGUGUACCCCUCCCUGGCAAACAGACUAAAAAAACUGAGCCACUUCUGUUACCAGAGGCAGUAAAUGAGCUACCAAUUCAUUCUAACGGUAGAGACUCAAAGCCAUGCGUUGCUAAAGAGCUGAAGGCAAAGCAGCAGGAGCAGCUCUCUCUUCUUCUGGAUUUGGUCCAUCACAAGGAAAAUCAUGUCAAACAAAAGCAACCUAAAUCACAAGUUCCAAAACCCAGUCCGGAACAAGUGAAGAAAUCGGACGCCCUCAAACUCCAUGAAGUCUCACCAAAACCGAAGACCCUAAAUGAAACCAAAGCCCCCGCAUCGGAUGUUGCACCUGUGGUUGAACAGAAGAAGGAAGAGAAAAAGGGUAGCAAUGGUAACCACAAAAAGCAGUUGAAUCACAUGAAGGAGGAGAAGCCGGUGGCAGUAAGCGAGUCCAUCACUAUCUGCGAGCAGCAGAACAGCAAGAUCCAGACCACCGCUGAAUCCCCACAGCCUAAGAGCAAGAGCAAAAGGAAUAAGAAGAAGAAAGGAGACAAAGUCAAUAACUCAAUUGAUGACGUAUUCCUUCCAAAAGACAUUGACCUCGAUAGUGUGGAAAUGGAUGAGACUGAAAGAGAAGUGGAAUAUUUUAAAAGGUUCUGUUUAGACUCUGCCCGGCAAACUAGACAAAGACUGUCCAUCAACUGGUCCAACUUCAGCCUGAAGAAGACCACCUAUGCUGCACACUGAACCGAAAACCAUUAAAGACGGGGGCUCACCCUGCAGGAACCAAUCCCACUGAAUUACGCCCUGCUGUUCUGAGUGCUUUUUCAGGCCUUGAGCCAGUACUGCCUUGCCUUGUCCCCAGUGCUGUGUGGAUCUGCACUGAACCCCCUUGGCCUGAUGAGUCUUGCUGAUCUGAAAAAAAAAUGAAUAUGCCACUUUCUACCUGAAUUUGUUAGCUUGUGUGCUUGUAGUCUGUGAGUAAGACUUUGGUUGUAGCAAUACGCUCUCCUCUUUUAUUGCCUUGGCCUCGGACUUGAGAAUGGUUCUUUGGGUUGGUUAGAGGCAUAAAACAAAAACUAGUUGCAUCCUCCACAAUGGUCCAUGUCACACCUGCAGUACGCUACAUUCGGUUACACAGACUACUGGCGAUUGGAAUGGAAUCCAUAGUGCUCACUUAGUCCUUCCUUCCCCAAUUGUCAUGGUGGAAGAAGAUCUCAUAACAGACAAGCAUUUCUCCAAUUCACACAAUCUACUGUCGAAAAGAAGUGUACUAGUUACGCCUAUUUGUGUUCUGAUGAUUUUUUUUUUUCCCUCCAGACUCUUGUAGCCAGCUUGUGAAAGAAUACAUGCAUAACGAGAAAGUAACAGAGGAUAAAAAAAAGGAAAAAAAAAAUACUCACACUAUCAAUCUGUUAUAGAGUGUAUAAUUGUAUUAACACUGACGCCAAAGUGGCUACUUUUUUAACAUAUUGUUAAGUAAUAUUAAAAUCAGUUCUUUCUUUUUGAAAGAUGGAAUACAUUAGUAUGGCAGAA